AUGUCUGAAGCAAAUGAUUUCCCGCCGCAAAAGGUUAGGGAGGUGCUAAGUGAAGUUGUGGGUUUGUUGAAGGAGAGGGGGGAGACUGUUAGUGUGGCUGAAACUGCAGCAGGAGGAAUCAUAUCAGCCUCUAUCCUCAGCACACCAGGCGCAAGCAAAAUAUACAAAGGCGGUCUUACGGUUUACACAUUAGAAGCUCGAACAGCAUUUACUGGUUGGACCCAAGAAACUAUAAAGGCUUACACGGGUCCUACACCGGAUGUCGUGGCUGGUAUUGCGGAGGAUGUGAGGCCGAAAUUGGGGAGUACGUAUUGUAUUUGUGAGAGCGGGACUGCGGGACCUAAUCCUAGUGGGGAGGGACCUAAUAAACAACCGGGAUACGUAGCAUUAGCUAUAGCAACAGAAAAGGGAACAUAUAAGAAAGAUUUAAACACAGGGUUAGGAGGUGAUAGGGAGGGAAACAUGAUUGUAUUCGCUAGAGAAGCAUUGGCAUUUUUGAGGGAUGUUUUGAGAGGAGAUGCGAAGAUUUGA